GGAGGAGGGCGCGCGGGUGAUAAUUGGCCGCGGCGGCCGCCCCGCCCGCUACUGGCGGGUGGUCACGUGACGCGACGGCCGGGGGCUCCCGGCGCGGGGGACGCUGGUGGCCAAGAUGGCGGCGGAGCUGGUGGAGGCCAAAGGCCUUGAAAUAUGAUCUGAUGAACUCUACUUGACCCUCCGGUGGGGCCCCCACCCCAAUUAAAUGAAGUGGACCAUUUUUCAAGUUCUCUAAAACGGAUCCUCCGUUCAGGGGGGCUUAGGACCACAGCACAAUUUGCUCUGAGCCUGGGGAGACUCUCCCUCACACCCUUGCUGUCAGGGUGGAGUGCCUUAUUGUGGAACUGAAACGUCCCCUCUUCUAGGCCCUUUCCCAGCCUCUCACAUUAAGAGCUGGAGAUUGUGUCUUUUGGGGUGUAAAUAGGCCAGUCUGAGGGGAGGAAGAGGAGGCUUGUUGAUAAACUUGGAAAUCUGAGACUCUUAACUGAAGCCCCCACCACCAGCACCAGGGGCACCAGGGGCUGGGGAGAGGGGGCGGUCUGUGCACUCCCGGAGACAGCGUGCGGCGAUUUGCACAGAUCUCCGAUUUCCUGGAGAGCGGGGCCUUAACUUCUUUCUCUCUCAUGCUCAGAGGAGCGCAUGCUGGGGAGAGGUUAAGUCAAGCGCAGCGGCUCUUUCCAGGCUGAUGUUUCUGCUCAUGGCUCCGAACAGGCCCAGAGGGGAGACUGGAAGCUGUGGUGGCCUGGCGCUGUUUAUAAACACAGAGCUGAGGGGCAGGCGGGGCAGGAUGAAGCCAGGGCAGGAAGUGAUCCGCGAAACGCUUGGGGCUUCUUCCUGAGUGUUUGUGCCCUGCUCCCAGUGUCAUGGGCAGCCGCCCUGGGGGUGGCAGCUGCUGAGAAACACGAGUCAUGAACAUAUGGCAGCUCAAGGGGUGUGCCCAGGAUGCCAGUGCUGCAGCUCCGGAUGUCCGACCUGGUGGAAGGGGCUAGGCCCUGGAGGAGGCAGGGGCCUCCCCGGGGCAGCAUGAUGUCAGAUGUGCUGUGGCCAGACUGGGCAAGGCCGAGCCCACCUGCCGUUGGCUCCAUGGCAGGCGAUCAGCUUCCACGUGACAUCGCCUCUCCCCUCUAAAGCCUUGGGCAGCUUCCAGAAGAAACCUCUUGUUCGCAAGCCUUUUUUCUCUGCUCAAGAACAUGGUGAUGAGCUUCCGAGUCUCCGAUCUUCAGAUGCUCCUGGGUUUCGUCGGCCGAAGUAAGAGUGGACUUAAACACGAACUUGUCACCCGGGCCCUCCAGCUGGUCCAGUUUGACUGCAGCCCUGAGCUAUUCAAGAAGAUCAAGGAGCUCUACGAGACGCGCUACGCCAAGAAGAGCUCGGAGCCUGUCCCCCAGCCCCACCGGCCCCUGGACCCGCUGACCAUGCACUCGGCCUACGAUCGGGCCAGCUCCGUGCCCAGGACUCCCCUCACAGGCCCCAGCAUCGACUACCCUGCACUCUAUGGGAAGUACUUAAAUGGACUUGGGCGGCUGCCCGCCAAGACCCUCCAGCCGGAGGUGCGCCUGGUGAAGCUGCCCUUCUUUAACAUGCUGGAUGAGCUGCUGAAGCCCACCGAGCUGGUUCCACAGAAUAGCGAGAAGCUUCAAGAGAGCCCGUGCAUCUUCGCCUUGACGCCAAGACAGGUGGAGCUGAUCCGGAACUCCAGGGAACUGCAGCCGGGGAUCAAGGCCGUGCAGGUCGUCCUAAGAAUCUGUUACUCGGACACCAGCGGCCCUCAGGAGGACCAGUACCCUCCCAACAUUGCCGUGAAGGUCAACCACAGCUACUGCUCGGUGCCGGGCUACUACCCCUCAAAUAAGCCCGGAGUGGAGCCCAAGAGGCCCUGCCGCCCCAUCAACCUCACCCACCUCAUGUACCUCUCCUCGGCCACCAACCGUAUCACUGUCACCUGGGGGAACUAUGGCAAGAGUUACUCCGUGGCCUUGUACUUGGUGCGGCAGCUGACUUCCUCGGAGCUUCUGCAGAGGUUGAAAACAAUUGGCAUCAAGCAUCCGGAGCUGUGCAAGGCGCUGGUCAAGGAGAAGCUGCGUCUGGACCCCGACAGCGAGAUCGCCACCACCGGCGUGCGGGUCUCCCUCAUCUGCCCGCUCGUGAAGAUGCGGCUCUCGGUGCCCUGCCGGGCGGAAACCUGCGCCCACCUGCAGUGCUUCGACGCCGUCUUCUACCUGCAGAUGAAUGAGAAGAAGCCCACCUGGAUGUGCCCUGUGUGUGACAAGCCGGCCCCCUACGACCAGCUCAUCAUCGAUGGGCUCCUCUCCAAGAUCCUGAGCGAGUGCGAGGAUGCCGACGAGAUCGAGUACCUGGUGGACGGCUCAUGGUGCCCCAUCCGUGCCGAGAAGGAGCAAAGCUGCAGCCCCCAGCGCCCAAUCCUGGUGCUUGGGACCUCGGACACCAACGGGCUCCUGUCCACCCCUAACGUCAACGGCGGUGGCGGCGGUGUGCUUGGGGGUGCCGGCGGCGGGGGCGGCGCUGGGGGCGGCAUUGAGAAUGGGAAGCCGGGAGCCGAUGUGGUGGACCUCACGCUGGACAGCUCGUCGUCCUCGGAGGGGGACGAGGACGAGGACGAGGACGAGGAGGACGAGGACGAGGAGGGCCCCCGGCCCAAACGCCGCUGCCCCUUCCAGAAGGGCCUGGUGUCGGCCUGCUGACCGCUCGCCGCCGCCACUGGACGCUCGACUUUCCUGGUGCUCACCACGCGGAGGGGCGCAGGCGGGCCUCGGGGUACAGAGGGAGGAGUGAUUUUUUUUUUUUCUUUUUAUUGUUCAUUUCGUUUUUCCACCUUUUCCUUGGCUCCUGGCACCUGUAUCUCUGGACUCCCCCGUCGGAGGUUUAAAAAAUAAAAAGAAAAAGAAAAAGAAAAGCGAAACCAACAAAAAUAUCAAACUCUCUGAAGCAAGGCCAGCCACCCCCACAGCUGCUGCCCCCGCCGGGGUCGGAGCCCGAAGACUGCGCAGACCCUGCGAGGGGCGGGCGGGGCCCAGGAAGCCCCUCCCCGGGGCGCCGAAGACCAUUCCCGCUGGUGCGAGGGACUCCGCGUGGGUGGCAGCCACGACUUCGACAUUCGUCUGUUCCUCUGCUUUUUUUUCUCUGCGAACCUGUCCUCUCGCCCAGGAACCCUGGGACGCGCCGCCAGCAGCGAGCGUUUUAGCCAAGAAGCCAUGGAGUGGGUUGGGGCUGGGAGGGGGGCGGCGGGGGCGGGCGGACGGCGAGGGGCGGGGGGCUGGGGAGGGUUUAGCCACAGAUGUGUUGUAUUUUUUGAAAGUGCAAUAACUUGGUAUUUUGAAGACCCGGCAUGUGGCCAGGACCCCCCGCAGAAGGCGGGGGCCCCAGGGCGCGGCACCGUGUGGCGUGGGGGGGUCUCAGUUUUCUAGCCAGCUACCUCGGUAAUUCCAAUUCAGGUUAACUUCCCUACGGAACAGCGCAGAUGACCACAUAUGUCGCCACCGCCGUCCGCCCCUACUCAGCGGGGUGGGGAGGGCGGCCACUGCCCGAGGGCCAGCAGGGACUCCCGCCCAGUCUUCUCCACUUGGGGUGUUUCCCUCCCCUCUUCUCGCUCUUGGGUUUUCCGACGGGUAUGAGGCCUGCCGGGCACCCCGGCCCCGGGAGCCUCACUCUCGUCUUCCACCAGAACGGGCCGGGGCCCACCCUUCAGCACCUGUGGGGACCCAGGUGGCUCCCGGCCUCAGGGGUCCAGCAACCACGGGGGCGCCCACAGCUGCCCCAGAUGCCUUGGGGAGCCUGCAGCUGGGUGCCCGGUCCCCACCCAGUGUCCUUGCCUCCCGGAGGCCACGCCUCGUUCUCCAGACCACCUCUGUCCUCCGCUGUUUCGCUUUUUUUCUUCCCCGCUGCCCCCAGCCCCAGAGAAUUUUCCUUUGUAUAAACAGAACCCUUCUAGUCAGGAAGCAAUAUCAUUUCAGGUCUGAAGAAGAAAGGGACACAAAUCUGGUCGAGGGCAAAUUCAGUUUUACUGUAGAAACUCGGUCAUGCAGUUCGGCACCCCCUCCGUCUGCACUGGCAGCUGAGGGCCGCUGUUUUCUAAUAUUUGUAUUCUAAUUUAAUUGUUUUUAAAAAACGCAAAUAAAAAAGGUCAAGGUGAA